AUGGUGAUGACAAAGCGGGCGGUCCCAGAUUUCUCGCUCUUUGCGUUUCGCAUUUUUAACUACGUUCUGACUUGGCACUUGCAGGCUUUUUGCUUCGACCGGGGCCUCCCACCCCUGAUCCUCCUUCGCCUCCCACUGUCCUUCGUCCUCCCCCUGAUCUACGUCUGCGAGCUUACGCUUUGCAUGGGCGAUCAGGAUCUGGCCAACACCAUCGCUGAGGUGCAGGGGGCCCUUGAGAGGCUCCGCAUUUCUGUGGAAAACCAGGCCAACCGGUCUGAUUCUCCUUGGGUGGUGGUUAGUGACCCUAGUCCCUACCCUAGUGGUUCCUCCCCGGCCGGGGCCCAACCUCCUAGGGGUACUAGUGGUUCGGUGGUUGCGAGCCCUCCUUGUCGUGGUGACAUCCGUGCUGGCUUUCCUGCUUGUCCUUCGCAUUGCCUUGAGCUGUGCGAGCGCCUGGCUCCCUCCAACGGCUUUAGUGCUGCUGAUCGCGCCCGCCGCGCGUGGACUGCCGGGCUUUGGGCGAAGAAGGUUUUUGAAGGGGCCGUGGCCACGCCUGAUCCCUCUCCUGUGCUUAGCCUGCGGCCUGUGGUGUACAUUGUGCUCAGGAGUGACCGCCUUGCUGGGCCAGCCCGCUUCUCUUCUUUCCGCUCGCUCCGUGCCGCUGUGGGGAUCGAUGGCGAAUCGCCAGGGGCGAUCUGUACUAUUCGUUGGCCGCCGGUGGCCGAUGUGCCGGAUCGCGUUUUGCAUUUAGCCUGGCCUCUGCUGAGUCGUCCCGGAGCUUUCCUGCUUGCUCUCCCGGUGGCCUUGCACGAGGAUGCUGUGUUGACGGCUGGUGGCGCUACUUCCCCUUUCGGCCCUUCGAUUGUGGUAUGCGUGCCAGCCGUCGAGGAGGGCGAUGUCGGAGAGGACAUACCUGCAGGCUACGAGAUGUCGGUCCUGCUGCUGGAUGUGGAGGAGGCGGCUCUCAGGUUCAUGAGCUUGUUCGACCCGGUAACGGAAUCGGGUCUUGUUGUGGGCUUCGAGCCGAGUGCGGCCCAUGUUCUUCCCUCGGCCGAGGAUCUCAUGCGUGCUGCCCUGACUUGGGUCGGGAGCGACCAGGUCUCUGCUUUGGCAUAUGUGACGGCCCAGGAGGAAGAAGAAGGGGUCCCGGAGGUGAUGCCCAAAAGAGCUGCCAAGCCCAAACGGGUUACUACUGCUCAGCUUGCCGAUCAGGUACAGCAGCUGGCCUCUGUGCUCCCAGGGCUUGUGGAUCAGGUGCGUGUCCUGACCGAGCGCCAGGCUGCCUUGGCGCCUUCUCCUGCUUUGCCUGCCGGCCCGGCACACCAACAGGAUUUCCCGAAGAUUGCUUCUGUGGCUGCUCCGCCUCCGGCUCUCGCUUCCUUGGCGGCUGGGCUGCCUGCACCUACUCUGCUGGCGGCGACUCCGAAGGCCCCCGCGAGGCCAGCAGCUCCACCCCCUGCGGUCCCCGUGUCCUCUGCCUUGCCGUCCUCCUCGGACCACUUGGCAACUGCCAUAGCUCAGCAGGGUCAGGCCCUGAGUCUCCUCGUGAACCACCUGGCUUCGCAAGGCGAGGCCCUGGACCUCUCGUCGGCCACGACAGGGCUGGGCUCGAAAGGUUCGGCAAAGAGGGAGCGGCUCCAGCAGGACCUCACGCAACGAACGGGGACCUUUUACCUGCAAGUGUGCCAGAAUGCAUUCCGCAAGCUCUACCCUGCCUCUCCGGUGCCUGCUUCCCUGGCCGACGUGACUUACCUGGAGCGCUUUGGAGGCUAUGCUCAAAGUCGGGACCUUGCCCUGGUCAUGCAUCAACUUGCUUUCGUCGCCGACUGUCUCGUCCAGGACGACGUGCAUGGUGCUCGCGAGCACUUGGGCUUGCUGCUGGCCUCUACGGAGCAGGCCGCUCAGGAUCGCAACUGGUCCCUGGCUUACCUUUUGUGUCUCCUGGAGGAACCGGCACCGCAGGUGUAUUCCUCGCGAAAGGACACUGUUUCGCCCAAGGCCCCGUCCGGCGAACUUCACGACGACGCCGCGGCCGCACCAAAGCGGCGGCCGCGCUUUCCGAGGAAGCCAAAGGCUUCCCCGUCGGGCCCCUGGCUGGCCCCCACUGCCGUGCCCUCUUCCGUGGCAUCGCCACCUUUGGAUUCUAUCGGCAAGUGUGCUGGACAGGUUCUGCAUGAUCAGCCCUUUUCGCCUUCGGCUGCCCUCUCCUUUAGACGAUGGGCUUUUUCGUUGGCCUCCCGCCUGAUUGCCGGCAAGACGGCCUUCUCGGCUUUUUUCAAGAGAACUCUGCAUCUGCGCUGGUGCGGCCAGCCGGCCCCAGCUUCAGUCUUUUUGCCUUUGCCUGUUCCCUGCCCCGGUGCCUUCCGGUACCUAGGCCACUCAGGUCAGCGUCGCAGGCAGCGCUCUGCCUGCCAGGUCGCUCUCCAUGCCGUGGUGGUCGCGGUCAACUUCAUCUACUACGACUGCGCUUUCGUGCCGCUCCGGCUCCUAGCUCGACCUCCUAAUCCUGCCCAGGAGCGCUGCCUCCUCUACCUGAAGGGGAUGGUCCAGACUUUCGGUGACGUCAAGGAGGGCAUCUUCCCUUCCGAGACGGGCAUCGAGGUGCCCAUGUGCAACACCACUCCCGACCUCGAGCCUUACCGCUCCCUCUGUGCCGAGCGCCUGCGCCUGGCUGGUAAAGCAAAUUGGAAGCCCGAGGACUACCUGCCGCCUGAGCUUUUGAUGGCAUACUCUUUGCCUUCUUCUUUGCUGUGCGGCCGGACUCCCUUUCCUGAGGAGUUUCCGCGAGCUGAUUUUGAGUCUGUGUGUGAGACCAGGGCCUUGGCUGUGAAGUGGGCUUCUCUUGACCUGCUCCACCUUGAGCCGGCCCAAGACCUCCCCAUGCACGAGUUCACUCGCAUUUUUAAUGCCUACAAAAGCGCUGAGGUUGAUCGCCAGAUUGGCGACCGUAGAGGUCGGAAUGCUGCUGAGGCCAGGCUCCCCGGACCUUCGCGCUGGCUCCCCUCUGCAGAUGUGUUGUGUGCCGUGAGCGCCGAUGCCAAGAAGGAAGCCCUUUGCCUCUCGAUGUCGGACAGACGUGAUUAUUAUCACCAGUUGUGGGCGCCAUGGUCCAGGAAGAAUCCAGACUUUACGGGUCGUGGCCCGUUGGCCGCGGCCCUCAUUGGGAACUUCUUUGCCAUCGCCAGGGUCAGUCGCCGGUCUUUGCUGCAAGGGUGCGCCUCCUCUUCUGGCUUGGCGCUUGAUACUGCCCUUGGCUGCUACGCCAAUCAUGGCCUUCUAGGGUCUCCUGAGAAAGACCUUCGCGACCAAGUGUUUGGAAAAGCCGCGGGGGCUGAGAUAAACUCUUCUGCCGCCGCCCUGGCGCGAGGACACAUUCUGGUCGCGGCCCCUAGCUGCAAGAGGCUCGCACUUUCAGACCUCACGCUGGAGGUGAGCACUCUGCCUGCAACCACCGAUUGCCUGCAUUCUUGUUUGCUGGGUGCCUGGACCUCUGCGGCUUUGUUUCGGAGGCCUGUCUCCGCUUGCUUCCAGCAUGCCUAUCGCCUUUUCCCGUCCAGCUCUUUGGACCCUGGGUCGCCUAAGAUAGUGCCACUGCCCAGACGGGUCGCGAUGGAGCUUCAGCUCAUUUCUGUGCUGGCCCCCCUCGCGGCUACUGACGUCUCUGUGCCGUAUCUGCCCCGCCUUUUCGCAACGGACUCGUCUGAGGCAAAGGGCGCGAUCGUUUCGGCUCCCAUCUCUCGUGAGCUGUGCCAAUCCCUGUGGCUGUGCUCCGACAGGAAAGGCGCGUACUCGAGGCUUUCCUCUCGUACCCAGGGCAUUCUUCAGCGGGCCGACCCUCUCUAUGAGGACACAGGCGAGGACCAUGGGCCGGAAGAACCUCUGCCGGUGCCGGGGCCUUCCCGUCCCCUUGCCUACGACUUUGAGUUUCUAGAGCUCUCGCUUGGUCCCCCUGAUCUCUCUCAGGAGAUAGCUCGUCGAGGUUUUCGAGUAGGGCCACACGUUGAUCUUAGACUCGGGUCUGAUUGGGGGCUUCAGCGGCCGGUCGUCCUUGACUGGGUUAUGCACCUGAUCGACGCUGGCCGGCUGCUCGGCAUCUACAUGGUCCCGCCCUGUGCCUCCAGCCUCCCUUCCGUACGUGGUGCUGGUGCCGUGCCUUCUAGAAGCCGGUGGGGCGUUCCAGGUGAGCGAUACGAGGAGGCUGCAUUUGUGCUGUGUGCUGCCGUGUUCAAGCAUGCCAACCGUCGGGGGAUCUGCGCUCUAUUAGAGCUUCCUGCCUCCUCGGAUUUUGUGGCCGGCCAUCUGUGGGCCUCCUGCCGGGCCCUGCCUUCUGCUUCCCAAAUCGCGCUCUCUGCUUGCGCUUUCGGUGACCGCCGUCGGCGCGACCUGCUUGGACUCGCCACGGGCCUUGAGUGUUCCUCGUUGUGCCUUCCUUGCCCAGGGGACCACAAGCACUCUGUGCCACGUUCAGGUUCUGCGGCCACCGGUUUCAAGCACUGUGCCGGCCUUGUCGUUGCCUAUGCUCGCGUUCUUUGCCGUGCUCUGCGGUCCCUACUGGCAUGUACUGAGGCCUCUGAUCCUCCUGUGUCCGGCUUGGAACGCCAGUGCGUGAAUGAUUUAGCCCUUGGCCUCGAGUGGGAAAUUUCCUCUUCGUGGUCCUGGCCCCGGCCCAUCCACAUCAAUAUCCUCGAGUCUUCAGUGUUGUGUCGUCUCUAUAAGGAUCUUGCUGUGCGUUUCGGCCCCUGCCGAGCUGUCGCCUUUUGCGACUCCUUUGUAGCUCUUUCCUCUCUAGGGAAGGGCCGCUCUUCGUCAAAGAGCCUCCGCCACUCCGCCCGCCGGGCUUCGAUGAUCUGCCUAGCUGCCGGGAUCUACCCAGGCAGCAUGUAUACACCUACCCGUCUGAUGCCUGCGGACCACCCUACGCGAGACAAUGACAUUCCGCCCCCCGUCCCUGGACUUGGGCCUGCCUUUUGGACUUUCGAAGCUGUCAAGCAGGACACUGUUCGCCCUCGCCUCCGGCGGUGGGCUUCCUCCUGGGUUCGACUUGCCCUCCUUCUACGGCCCUGCCUUGGGCUACUUGCACCUGAGUCAGUAGGCUGUGCCGAUGCCCACCUUGACUUCAGGGCUUUUGUGCGAACCCGGGGCUUCGAUAGCUCCCUUGGCUUCCCUGGUGAAGGGCCUUUCUUUCAGGGUGCUCGGGGCUUACUUUCUGCUCUCUGCUUCCUCUCCCUGUCUGGUCGCCUUCGUCUCCCUCUCCUCUGUCUUGUCUCUCCUGUCUUCGGAGCCGCCCAAGCCAUGGAUGUGCCUCGAGCCGCAAAGCUGGAGACACAGAGAAAACUGUCGAGACUGGGCAUUGUUCUGCGAGCUGGCCGACCGGUACAGAAGGAAACGCAGCUGAGGCGCGACAAGCUCAGGGAACUCUUCGAGAAAUGGUUAGCCACCCUCGGGUUUUCCUCUGAGUGGUUUCUCGCCAGAGCUCGUUCCGACCCUGACUUCGCCAAUGAGGUGUUGGUUUGCUAUGGGCAGUAUAUGUUCAAGACGGGAAAAACCUACAGCAGCUAUUCCGAGACGCUUAACAUGUUUUCGUCACUGUGCCCGUCGUUGCGACGGCUUUUGCAACCCGCAUGGGACUUGGCUUUUGCCUGGCAGCGUGAGGAGCCGCCAGUGCAUCAUACGGCUAUGCCUUGGCAGAUCGUCGCAGCUGCCCUUGCGAUUGCGCUUACUUAUGGAUGGCUGGAUCUGGCAGGCGUGAUCUGCCUUUGCUGGGGUGGGCUUGCAAGAGUUGGCGAAGUACAAGAAGCAACCAGGGCGGAUCUUGUACUGCCGACCGACACGGGCACGCCUGCCUCGCGCUACCUUUUAAUGUCCAUCAAGGAGCCUAAAACUCGUUUUCGGGCGGCUAGACACCAGUCUCUUCGAGUCGACCAGCCACAGCUGCUGCGCAUCAUCGUCAUGGCUUUCGGGUCUUUACAGCCCUCGGAAAAGCUCUGGUCUUUUUCUGGUUCCACUUUGCGGAACCGUUUCAAGAAGCUGAUGCUGGCGCUGCGGCUCGACCGGGGCAUUGUACCUGGAGUCAAAGACUUCGACCUUGGCUCCUUACGUGCAGGAGGGGCCACCUGGCUUAUGGACAUGACAGAAAACCCGGACUACGUCCGUCGGCGGGGCAGGUGGAUCACCACGAAAGUGAUGGAGAUCUACGUGCAAGAGGUGGCUUCUUUGACUUUUCUCCCUCGCCUUCCAGACACCGUCAAGCAGCAUAUCUUUGCCUGGGCAGGGCAGUUUGCUGCUGUGGUCGACAAGGUUGAAGCCUGGCACAGCUUCAACGUGCCCCCGGUCUCUUGGAAGUUUUUGAUGGCUCACGGCGCUUGA